AUGAACGGCAACAUGAUGGAAUCGGUUAGAUCGGCAGUUCUGAAAGAAUCUUCGGAAGAUCUAGAAGGUUCUUGCACUAAAAUUGUGGGCUACGAUUUCAAUAAAGGCGUUAACUAUUCUGAGCUUAUCAAAUCCAUGGUUUCCACUGGUUUCCAAGCUUCUAAUCUUGGUGACGCCAUUGACAUUGUUAAUCAAAUGCUAAAUUGGAGGCUUUCACAUGAGUUGCCCACGGAGGAUUGCAGCGCAAAAGAAAGAGAUGCUGCAUAUAGAGAGUCGAUAACGUGCAAAAUAUUUUUGGGGUUCACUUCAAACCUUGUUUCUUCUGGUGUUAGAGAGACCAUUCGUUACCUUGUUCAGCACCGUAUGGUUGAUGUUUUGGUUACUACAGCUGGUGGUAUUGAAGAGGAUCUCAUAAAAUGCCUCGCACCGACUUAUAAGGGGGACUUUGCUUUACCUGGAGCUGCUCUACGGUCCAAAGCAUUGAACCGUAUUGGUAAUUUAUUGGUUCCAAAUGAUAACUACUGCAAAUUUGAGGAUUGGAUCAUGCCAAUUUUUGACCAAAUGUAUGACGAGCAGACUAAUCAGAACGUUCUAUGGACGCCAUCUAAAGUCAUUGCUCGACUUGGUAAAGAAAUUAAUGAUGAAACCUCAUACUUGUAUUGGGCUUUCAAGAAUGGAAUUCCUGUCUUCUGCCCUAGCUUGACGGAUGGAUCAAUAGGUGACAUGCUAUACUUUCAUUCUUACCAAAAGGGAGACCAAGAUGGUAAUCCUGGUCUAGUGUUAGACAUUGUUGGAGAUGUGAGGGCAAUGGAUAAUGAAGCUGUCCAUGCUGGUUUGAGGAAGACAGGAAUAAUUAUCUUGGGUGGAGGACUGCCUAAGCACCAUAUUUGCAAUGCAAAUAUGAUGCGCAAUGGUGCAGAUUUUGCUGUCCUAAUUAACACUGCACAAGAGUAUGAUGGUAGUGACUCUGGUGCCCGUCCUGAUGAAGCUGUAUCAUGGGGGAAGAUACGUGUUGGUGCCAAGAGCGCAAAGGUGCAUUGUGAUGCAACAAUUGCAUUUCCUAUAUUAGUAGCUGAGACAUUUGCAGCUAAGCGUAAGAAUCUCUGCCAGAACGGUGCCAAGUUUGAACAUUAAGGAAAUUGUCCUUCCAAUCACAUAUGCACUGCUUAAUUACUUUUGAAGUCAUCUUUAUUAGUGUGCAGAUCAAUAAUUGAGGAGGGAUUUGUUCAAAUAAAUUAUCCUCCCUUCCCCCUCCUCACACCUUGUUAUUUCGGGAGGGAGCCAUAUUUAGCUUCUCUCUGGUCUUUAGUGGAGAGCGUUGAUGUUUAUGUGUUUGUGUCAUAUUGUUAAUUGUAUCGAUGAUUUAUUAGUUCUUGAAAUUGAUUUU